AUGCAAAGGCUUGCUGAUAGCAUUCACAGUGACAGCCCGAAAGGCCAUGGGUCUGGAUUUCCAGGAAAGCGGAGACCUCGAGGUGCAGGACUGUCGGGGCGAGGUGGCCGAGGCAGGUCAAAGCUGAAAAGUGGAAUCGGAGCUGUUGUAUUGCCUGGGGUGUCUACUGCAGAUAUUUCAUCAAAUAAGGAUGAUGAAGAAAACUCUAUGCACACUACGGUUGUGUUGUUUUCCAGCAGUGACAAAUUCACUUUGAAUCAGGAUAUGUGUGUAGUUUGUGGCAGUUUUGGCCAAGGAGCAGAAGGAAGAUUACUUGCCUGUUCUCAGUGUGGUCAGUGUUACCAUCCAUACUGUGUCAGUAUUAAGAUCACUAAAGUGGUUCUUAGCAAAGGUUGGAGGUGUCUUGAGUGCACUGUGUGUGAGGCCUGUGGGAAGGCAACUGACCCAGGAAGACUCUUGCUGUGUGAUGAUUGUGACAUAAGUUAUCACACCUAG